AUGGAUCUCGAGCUGCGUUGUCCAUCUUGUAAAGAAUAUUAUCGUUCACCUGUCUAUUUACCUUGUACACAUUCUGUAUGUUAUACAUGUGCAUUAACUUCAACGCAAACAACAACUGAACAUCAUCCGAAUCAUUCGACACUUGAUAUUUCAUCGACAUCCUUCGCAUCUGAUCUUGAUAAACUUUCGUUUACGAGCGACAACGAUUCAGGUGUUCUUUUGAAUCGCCAUUCGCCUUCUUCUUCUUCAUCCUCGUCGUCUUCGUCAUCGUCUUCAUCAUCGAUAUCAUCUUCCAGUCGUCCAUCUAGUUUACUCUUACCACCAGCACUACCUGAAAUCUCUACAUCGUAUCUCUCGACAACACCAACUCGUCAUCAACCUAAUAAAACAUAUUCAACUUGUUUACAAUGUCCAGCAUGUUCGAAGACAAUCUUUAUGGAUACAACAGGUGUGCGUAGUUUACCUAAGAAUCAUCUGCUCGCUGACAUUGUCAAUCGUUAUCGCGGAGAGAAAUCUUCUGAACAAAAACAACAAGCACCAAAGUGUCAAUUAUGUCGGCCUUCAGAUGAGCGAUCUAUUACACGUAUUUGUGAACAAUGUCGAAUUGGCUAUUGCGAUCAAUGUCGAGAGCAAUAUCAUCCUAUGCGUGGCCCAUACGCCAAGCAUAACUUCCUCGAUGCAUCACAAAAUUGUUUAAAUGCAACGAAUGACAAAACAUUUUGUAGUGACCAUCUAAAUCGUUUAGCAACAUUCUAUUGCCUUCAUUGUCACUCGGAAUGUUGUCAACAAUGCUCGAAUCAUUUGAACCAUGAAACUGUACCGAUUCAGCAAGCAGCUAAACUCUACAAGAAAAAUGGUGAACUUUUCGAGCAAAACCUUCUCAAAGAUAUCGAUCAUCUCAUUCAUACACUUGAAAAGAAAAAACAAGAUUUAGUAACAUUUAUUCACGAAGAAGUCGACCGAAAAAUUUCAUUGAUUCAUCAACAAUACUCGUCCUAUAAUGCACAUAUUCAACAGACGACAGGCUUCCUUCAAUUUUCAAUCGAAGCGCUCAAAGAGGCAGAUCCAUAUGCUUAUCUCCAAGUUUGUCAUGGUUUUAAUAGUAAAUGCUCAUCAAUUUACGGGCAAUUCUCUGAUGAAUAUGAAUGCAAAGCUCACACGUCAUACGAGUUCGAUUUUACAUUCAAUACGGACUGUGUUCUUCGAGAAAUUCAUCGUUUACAAUUUCAACAAAUCAAACGUAAGACAUUGUUUAUAUAA